UUCGCAAUUGUGUGGACUUGACAAUUCGUUUUUGUUGCUUGUGACUUGUGACGUGUGCUCCGAUUUAAUUACGUGUGAUUAUGAUGAUAAUUACAUAAAAGAAAAUGAAAACAUCACAAAAACUACAAAAGCAACAUUAGAAAAGUGCUGCCCUAACAACAAUUGACAAAAUAAUACAUAUCACCAAAAUAACUACAACAAAAAUACCAAACCAAAAAAAUAGCAAAUUGUGUUAAGCUGUAAGAAUAAAGAUAAUAUAGUCUGAAAACGCGAAACUAAAUACAAAACAGCAAAAUGGCAAAAUUCGUACUUAUUGCAACGUGCCUUGUGUUGGCGUCGAGCGUGCGCGCCCAAGAACUGAAAGUCGAUGUCGUCAGUACGCCCGAGGUGUGCGAACAGAAGUCGAAAAAUGGUGAUAUGCUGACAAUGCAUUACACCGGCACGCUGACGGACGGCAAGAAAUUCGAUUCGAGUUUUGACCGCGAUCAACCCUUCACAUUCCAAAUUGGCGCUGGCCAAGUGAUAAAGGGCUGGGACCAGGGUUUACUGGACAUGUGCGUCGGCGAGAAACGUAAAUUGGUCAUUCCUCCCGAGUUGGGUUAUGGUGAUCGUGGUGCUGGCAACGUCAUCCCACCAAAGGCCACACUCUUCUUUGAAGUCGAAUUGAUCAAUAUCGGCAACACUCCACCACCAACCAAUGUCUUCAAGGAGAUCGACGAGAACGGCGACAAGCAGCUGAGCCGUGAUGAGGUAAACGUUUAUGUCAGCGAAUAUCUUAAGAAACAAAUGACCGCCGUUGAAGGUCAAGACUCAGAGGAACUGAAAAACAUGCUCAAGGAGAACGACAAACUUGUUGAGGAGAUCUUCCAACACGAAGACAAGGACAAGAACGGUUUCAUCUCGCACGACGAGUUCUCCGGUCCCAAACACGACGAACUCUAAGUCAACGGCGACUGGCGAGUGGUGGCAAAGUUGCCAAAUAUACUUGUACAAUAGUAGUUAUAUUAAUGGGUAGCUGAAGCUUACGCUCCAUCCCACACUCAUGCAUUCGCAACAACACAAACACACACGCACAUACGUUCACAAAAAUAUACGUA